AUGAAAUUUGCGGAUAGAAACCUCAAAGCUCAACUCAUUAGUGUUGAUUUUCAAAACGAAGCAAGUGUUGCAUUUUCCUUUUCAAGUAAACGUCGAACAACACAACAGAAGCAACAAUUUCUUAUAAAUAAGUUCAAUCAAUUCAGUUAUGAAAGAGAAAACGUUUUAUUACUUCAAAGUGGGUCAGCUCAGCUGAUGCUCACGAUAACUUUACUUUUUCUUCAAUUUGAGGUCGGAACAUCACAGAAAAAUGUUUAG